CAAGGAGCAGAAGAUGACGGAUGAGAGUGUCGUUUGGAGUUGACGUCUUUCUCUGCUUCUGUUGUUUUUCACUGAUCUAAACCAUGAUGUCGCCAGGCUGCUCUGACAUGCAAACUCCUGACAGUGUAAAUGCAGGUAAACAGAGGAUACCCUGUCCGCUACAUGGCUGUAAGCGAGUUUACAGCGACGUGAGCGCUCUAGAAACACACAUCAAAGAGCAUGAGAUCCCGGCUCAGUCGAUUCCUGGCAAGGUGAUGCUAUGCUCCCACAUCGGCUGCAGCGGUUCUUUCCCCGACAUGCAGAAACUCAUGGAACAUAUUAGGCACCAUCACAAACUCAACAUAUUCUUCCAGUGUGAGAGCUGUCGGACUAAGUUGCGGUCCUACCGAGGCCUCCUGACUCACCUGCACAGCUGCUCCAAAGUGUCACGAGGGAAACUGAAGCCAGUGGAGCCGGCAGCACCCCCUCCUCACUCUGCUGUCGUGGCCAGCCCUACGCCCAUGGAUCAGCAGCCGUCGCAGCCACAGUCAGAGGCUGCUCCACAGCCAGUCGCUGCUGAAGCACCGAUCCAGCAUGGACCGUUCCCUGCUGAAUGUCCCUCACAGCCUGCCGUCCCCUCUGUGCUCACUCCCUGCAGUCUGCCUCUUCCAGGGACAUCUCCUCCACAGCUCACUGAUGUAGCUCCACCACCACCUGCCACCAACAUAGUCUCUAUCCUGCCUCCCUCACUGGAGGUUCCCAAAGCAACAGUCUUCCCUCCUGAAGUGCAGGCUCAAACAGAGACCAGGGCCCCUGAGCCCGUCCACUCACCUCCAGCAUCUGCACCGCAGUCACCUCCCGGUUCAGCCGCUGUCUGGAAGAAGAGCCAAGGUUUGACUUGCAGCAGACGCAUCCUGUGGGAGCACACCAGAGGGCGCUACACAUGUGUGCAGUGCGGCCACUGUGUAUCCAACAGGAAGGAAAUGUCCCAACACAUCAGCAGUCACCACAGUGGAAGCAAACCAGCAGAGGAAAUGGGGAACACUGCAAAUAAUGCAUGAAGGAGGAGCUCAAACUUUCUGAAUGUGUGAAGGUUUCCGCCAGCUGAGCUGAUGAGGCUGUAACUUUGACGCUCAUGCUCCCCACCGGUGUGUUUCUGCACAGGUCUUCACAGGAAAGUGUUUUGGUUUCCAGUGGUAGUUUAAAGAGAAAACUAUCUGAAAGGUGACUGUUUGUGGUACGUAAAAGACUGAUGCUGUUUCCUCAGACAUGAGCAUUGAUACAGUUGUUGCUGUUUUGAGUCAGUUAGUGGCAACAGCGUGUAUCAGUACUCGAUGAAGCAUUUUCAUUUAGUUUGAGGGAAGACACAGUCCUGGUGUAUGAAAUGAAUUCAUUCAGAAGCACUUUUUUGUUUUUUAAUAGAGAUCAUGUGUUCAGGGAGAUUAUCUGUACAGUCUGUCCCAAAGUUGAUUGAAACAGUAUAAGAUGUAUAGAUUGAACUUGUCCGUCUAAAAAAAAUAUAAUUUUAACAAUCCCUCUGCUAUGAACUGAUGAAACCUUUCAGACAAAAUGUCCUCAAAAUUUCAACUAGUCCAGCAGCUGUCGUGACGAUAGUUUUGUAGAACAUAGGAGUCCAGCUUGGAGAUUUCAUUUGCAUGUUUACUAAUGACUGGAGGUGACUGAGGCGGCCGUCAUGAGCUCAAUGAGUGAAAUAAAUGUUUUUUUUUAUUUAACCUCAAUAUGUCAUGAAGUUGGCUGAUGUGUAAAAUAGCUACUUUACUAUGAUGGGAAAUAAACCAGUGAUGUGAACCAAGAAACCGACCUCGCACAUUUUUCUGUAAGGAAGGGACUAACUUGUGUCUCUGUUCUAGCCGGUGCUCGUUCCAUCUCUCCUGUAGUACAAGGAAGGUUUCUUCUUUCCACAGCCGCUUAUGCUCCCUCAUGUGAAACUGUCGAGUUUUUGUCUGUGAAAGUUUCCAGAAGUGACUGUGUUGUAUUUGGCACUAUAUGAAUAAAGCUGAAUUGAACUGA